AUGGGCAAGUCCCUUUGCUGCGAGAAAGUAGGCUUGAAAAAAGGUCCGUGGACAGCAGAGGAAGACCAAAAGCUUUUGGCUUAUAUUGAAGAACAUGGCCAUGGAAGUUGGAGAGCUCUCCCAGAAGCAGCUGGGCUUCAAAGAUGUGGGAAAAGUUGCAGAUUAAGAUGGACAAAUUAUUUGAGGCCUGAUAUUAAGAGAGGAAAGUUCAGUUUACAGGAAGAGCAGACCAUCGUUCAACUUCAUGCUCUUCUUGGGAACAGAUGGUCAACCAUAGCUACUUACUUGCCAAAGAGAACUGAUAAUGAGAUAAAGAACUAUUGGAACACACAUAUCAAGAAGAGAUUAACCAAAAUGGGAAUUGAUCCGGUGACUCACAAGAAGAAAACCCUAUGCACAAAUCAAUCCAAAGACACCGCUAAUCUCGACCACAUAGCCCAAUGGGAGAACGCUCGUCUUCAAGCAGAAGCCAGAUUCAUCCGUGAAUCCAAACUUGUUUCCAACUGUUACCGCUCUCAGUUGCAGCUCCUCCAAAAAGCCAUUGUUCCACCACCACAAGCACUGCCAUCUCCACCAAGACCACCGUGUUUAGAUGUACUUAAAGUUUGGCAAGGUGAAUGGACAAAGCCCACAAAAGAUACGACUACAAUCUCUACAUUGAACUUCUCAUCACAGAACAAGUUCAAUGCUAUUCCCACCACCUAUGGAUUUAAUGACAAUUCAUCCACGAUGCCGAUCAAUUAUGUCGAAAAUUCUGUUCAUAUGAUCAAUGGAAGAAUAAUUAAUCCUAUCGAUGAUUCCACUUCUAUUACAGAUUCUUUAAGUGUUCCAAGUUUCCUGGAGAGCUUUACAGAUCUUCUGCCAAACAUGGAUGGUCUCACUGACGACGUCGUUGGAAGCUAUGAUGGAAGUUUCAAAGAGAAUAAGAAUUAUUGGAAUAAUGAACUAAAUUCAAUGGCAUUUCCAAUGGAAUACCCAACCGCCUCUCUUCUAGAGAAUUCUCAACUUGUUGAUCUGUCUAGGACAAUUGCCCGCAGCUCAGUUGAUCUCCUGUCCAACUAA